AUGUCGUCGGUGACGUUGACGUACAGCAGUGCGUCCUACAGCGUGAGCGAGGACGCCUCAGCUGGUCAGUACGUCAUCACGUCUGCUGACGUCACAGUGACAUGGACGACCAGCGGCGGGACAACGCCGUUCCAGAUCGUCAGUCCUGUCGGCUCACCUUUCCAAGUGGACUCCACGGGAGCGGUGACCGUCGCGUCGUCCUCCGGUCUGGAUUACGAGACUACCAACAUGUACGUGGUGACUGUACGGGCGAACGACAACAAUGGCGAUACAGACCAGGCUACCGUGACCAUCAUGGUGACGGACGCUGCCGAAGCGCCGACCUUCUCCAACCUGCCCGCCUCCCGGGCCGUGCCGGAGGACGUGUCGGUCGGUACGGCGGUCUUCACGCUGAGCGCCGCGGACCAGGACGUACCGGCCCAGACCCUGGCGUACACCAUCGUCAGCCAGACGCCGUCAGACAAGUUCCAGCUGAGCGGCGGCGUGGUGCAGGUGGGGACGGCGCUGGACUACGAGAGCGAACAGACGUACACGCUGACUCUCAGAGUCGAAGACGACACGUCAGGCACCCCCCUGUCGGCGGAGUCCACGCUGACCGUCACCGUUAAUGACGUCAUUGACGAGUUGCCGACGUUCUCGGCGUCGUCGUAUUCCGGCAGCGUGGCCGAGGACCAGGCGUUCGGCACCACGGUGACGUGGGACGCCGCCGUGAGCGUCACAGACGGGGACGAUGGGGACACCAUCUCGUACUCUCUUUCAGGAACGAACAACGACCACUUCGCCGUUGACAGCAACACGGGUGUGGUGACGACCGCCAGGGUGCUGGAGCGGGACGGAGCGGACGGUGUGUCGGCCUACACGCUCGUCCUCACCGCCACGGACACGGCCGGCAACACGGGCACCGCCACGCUCUCCGUCACGGUCAACGACGUCAACGAUAACAGCGCCACCUGCGAUCCUGACGUGUACUACAGCUCGGUGGAGGAGAACACUGCAGCAGAUGCAUCCGUUGCGCUGCUGAGCUGUACCGAUCCAGACGACGGCGUGAACUCUAACCUCGCCUUCUCCAUCGUCAGUGGCGACGACACUACCGCAAAAUUCGCCAUCGAGGCGAGCACGGGUCAAAUUAAG